AUGCCCGUCGGUCAAAUGCCCGUCGGUCAAAUGCCCGUCGACCAAAUGCCAGUCGGUCAAAUGCCCGUCUGUCAAAUGCCAGUCGGUCAAAUGCCCACACAGUCUUCCCGUUUCUUACACUCAAUAAUUUAUCAAUUUCGUUCUGCUUUUUCUCGUUCUUUUUUUCCUUCCUCUUUGGCUUUCUCCAUUUCAAUUUCACUUUCAUUAAAUCUUGUCUUUUCCAAGCACCCCUUUCCUACCCUUUCUAUUUCGCUGCUUGUCUGCUGUUCCCCAUUUCAUUUCUCUUGUCUUUACACAUAUAACAUUGUUUCUUAUAUUUUAAUUUUUCUCAAUCCUUUUCUGCGCCUCAUUCUCAUUGCUUUCUCCUUAUUUUUACCUUUCCUUUCUCUUUCCUUUAACCUUUUCCCCUUUUCUCAUUCUCUACCUAUUCCUUUUUAUCGUCCCCUGUAUAUUAAUCUCUGUUUCUUUCUUGUCUUUCUACCUUUCUCUUCCAUUAAAUGCUUAAUUUUCCCUUUUUCAUUCUCUCUGGUUCCUCUUUAUCGUUUCCUAUUCCUCGCUCUCUCUUCCAUUCUCUUUUCUUUUCUACCUUUCUUUUUCCCUUUCCUUAAACGUCCAGUCUUCACUUUUCUCAGUCGCACUGCUUCCAAGUUCUUGUUUGCUAACUGUGAUUCACUAUUUCUUUCUCCUUGUCUAAAAAACACUAUUAAACUAUUAUAA